CUCCCCAAGUUCCAACUCCGCCAAUCACAAACCCCACUUGACGUCACGUGCUCCCAACUCUGCGAAACUCCGCUUUACUCCGUUGGAUCUGAGCUUGGCCUUCCAAUUUCAACGACGACAACAUCAGCAAUAUAAGUUACAAAGACAACCUCUUUGCAUGUUGUUUAUGGUCUUUGGGAGUUUGAUGCUCUCUUUGUAAGCUUCUUCUUUUCCCGGGGAAUUUGGUAAAUGUGCGAGUCAAUCUACGUGCGUGGCUAUGAUUUGGGUUUCUGCGUAGAGAUUUAUUCCCGGUUUUACAGAGAUGUUUGAUUGGAACGAUGUAGAGGGAAUAGUUCAUGGAUGGAGUGAAAGAAAGCGACAUGAAGGAACACGGACGGGGCUGGACUGGGCAAAUAGAAUUUUUGAAAGUGCUAUUCUUAUAUGCAGAGUCUUAUUAGUCAUAUAAAAAAACUUCCACUAUGGACUACUGCUCUAAGUGGAGUCAUAGUUUUGGUGUUCUAUGAUUUAACUGGAAGAUUAAAGCGUUUGUUAAGCUUUGGACAGUAAUAUUGAAAAGAUGAGACCAAAAUGGAGCUGGUAACUUGUUAGUGAAGUCUACAGCUCGUUAACAUGGAGGCUUGGCAUCAAAUACCACCUUCAUCAGAAUGCAGAUUUUAUGGGAAUGAGGCCCAUUCUCCUGUAAUCAAGAGAAAGAUGAGUUGAUUAACCCUGGUUAUGUCGUUGCUAUGGAAAAUUGUGUCGCAUGGUUAACUUGCUGCACUGCCUGGUUUGGAUAGCGAGUUGAGAUGAGAUGAGUUAGAAAUGCUUGAUAUGAUAUGGGGUGAGGGUGGCGAGAGUGGUGACCACAUUGUACCUUAUCCUGAGGCAAGCCAAGAUUAUCAUGACAAAAAGGUCUGCAACCAACAAGCUGCUGACAUCAAACCUAGUGAGCAGAGGACUGCUGGGGCAACAAUUGCUUUGCAUGGAAGAAGGCUGGAGAGUGGUUCUGACCUUGACACCAAUGCCAAUAAUGCUUCAGUAUUCAGCGCAGACUCCUGGCCUGAUUUGUCUUUGUCCAAUGCUGCCAAAACUGAUCAGGAUUCCAUGGGUGCUGAAGUAUCUAACAACCUAAUUGGUAUAAGCAAAUAUAAAUCAUCAAGAGAUGCUGAAAUCUUUCAAAAUACCCAUGAAGAUAGAGAGCAAGGUGAUUUUGUUGACUAUGAAUGGGCUAACAUCGGAAGCUUUGACGAUUUUGAUCGAAUCUUCAGCAAUGAUGACCCAAUAUUUGGCCAUUCAAGUAUUGGUAAUGAUGAUGCUCUAUGGUCUUCUUCGAAGGAUGUAGCUAACAGCCCAGUAAAAAAUUUCCCAAUGUCUGUGGACUCAACAAGUUUGGAGUCGGAAGAACUAAGAAACUCAUCUGAGCAAUUGGAAAGUAAAUCAAAAUAUUUGAUACAUGAGGAUGGGUCAUUGCCCUUUGGAUGCGUGAAAUCUGAAGAUGCCGCACUGCACGAUUUAAAGAAUGCACAUGCUAUGUCGGAUCCCAUGGAGUAUACUGGAAAUAAAAGGAUGCCCAUGGUGAAGAAGCGGAUAGAUAUGGACAUGGUGGAGAAAACCUCUGCAGCAACCUGUUGCCUAGCUGCUGAAAAUGUUGUGAACACCAAUGAGUUUACAGAUAAGGGUUCUAGGCAAACAAAAUCGUUGAAAUGUCGGAGAAAGUCAGGAAAAAAUGAGGGGAAGACAUUAUCACAUUUGUAUGGUACCUGGUCUCCCUCGAGAAACCCAUCCAGAAAAUUCGAGAGCCAAUUGGCUCCCUCCAUGCUUCACUCUCCUCCCUCUUCGAUGCUCGGACAACAGAGGCAGCUUCCAGGGCCUGAGUCAUUGCAGUACGGGCAUGUUGUCAAUCCAUUUGUGGCUCCAUCAGCAUACGGGAAUCUCAUGAAUCAUCCUGCCAUACCUGUGCAUGCUCACAUUCAGCCUAUGGAACAGAAUCACCAACCUUUGCUUUCGGGUUAUGAUGGUACUCCAGGGUGUGCAAAUGCUGUGAGCAAGUCAGUGAACACCCAUGUGAAACCUCUGACCAUGACACCUCAGGAAAAAAUUGAAAAACUAAGGAGGCGGCAGCAGAUUCAGGCCAUGCUUGCCAUUCAGAAACAACAGCAACAAUUCAGUCAUCAAGUCCCUAAUACCAAUAAUUCCAUCACUCAAAGAUGUCUCCAUGAAAGCCAAACUCAGCACUUUGAGGAAGCUGAUCUUGAAGUGGAAGAUAUAAGCACUACUAUGGAUCCAAACUCACCUGUCGAACAAGAUGAUUCCAAUACAGUCUCUGCAGCGCUUGAUGAUUAUUCGGUGGACAGAAUACUUUACAAGCUUCAGGAUACCAUUUCAAAGCAGUUGGACAUGAAAUUAAGACUUUGUAUACGGGAUAGCAUGUUCCGGUUGGCUCAAAGUGCAAUGCAGAGGCAUUAUGCUAGCGAUACAAGCAGUAAUAACAAGAGUAGCAGGGAUGAAGAUGAAGUUAUUGCAGAAGAUGCAACCAAUAGUACUAACAGGUAUUCAGGGUUGCCUGACGUGGAAACAGUGACCAAUCCCAUAGACCGAACCCUGGCUCAUUUGCUCUUUCAUAGCCCUCUGGAAUCACCAGGAAAACUUCCUGAUACACCUGAGUCACCUAAGCUGAUUCCAUGGGAACAAAAAGUACCAGGCUUAGUAAACUUGUCGAUAGGGUGCUUGCCAGAGUGUACAAAAAGUAAAGAAAACUUUCCUAACCAAGGAGCUACGAAUCCUUGCACAUUGUCUGAGCCCCAUCAGCUCAAGAACAGCCCUUGCACAAACACUUUAGAGAAUGCUUCAAACAUUGAGCCUGCAGAUGGUGGAACUAUGGCGGUUGAAGCCUCUAAAUGAAUGGAGAUAUUUUUUAAAACUUCAUGAGGAUAAUUCCUACCUUUAUGUCUUCCAUGCCUAUUGAUGUGUUCCAGGCAUAAUUUAUACUGAUUUACUGAUAACGGCACUGUCACUUCCAUUGUCAGCAUACUGAAUAUCUAUCGAGUAGUAUGUACAAACUAGUUAGUCUAUGUUCUCUCCAAAGUUAAACCGGUCUGCAUGAUUGCAUCCUUAAAAAACCAACGGUGAUGAUUACCAUGUGUGACUGAAUAUGUAAUAUUGUCUGUUGAAUGAAAGGGUGAACCUAACUAAUGCCUGCGACUCUUGGCAGUUAAACUAGCUCUGAAUUAAAUUUCACGUACUUUAUUAUGAAA